AUGUCCCCGAGAAGACGCUACUACACCUCGAGGUCUCCAUCAAUGGAUUCCCAUCAAUGCUGCGGUUACCACCACGCUCGGUACCGUGCAGAUCACCACAGGAACCAAUCCAAGGAAGCAACUCCCGUCCAACGGAGUAAGCAGCCAACGAAACAGCCAUCUCCGACUCCUUCCACUUCGACCUCUAAACCUAAGAACGCGAGUCCAACCAGACCGGACCCGCAAGCACCCGAACCUGACAACUCCGAUGUCGAAUCCGACGCGUCAUCGGACUCGAUGCAAUCAAUGUCCUCUCCUGGAUCCCCAGCUUCAGAUAUUGCAAAGCCUGCAGAUUUGUCACCAUCCGACGGAGCCAAAACAUAUCUGGACUUGGUUGCAAACAUGGCUUCUGCUCUUAAUGUAAAGCUGACAUCGGACGCGCCCAAGGUCACGGAUGUAGUUCACGAUUUAGUCCAUUCGGACCUACCUGCCGGUUCCUUUCUGCCAAUGCUUCCGGUGCAUCUAGAUGCCAUUAAAGAAGCCUGGGACAAGCCGGCAUCUAUUCCUCCCACGUCAAAGCGCAUCGAAUCCCUAUACAAGAUCCAAGCUACGGAGUCGAAGUUUCUUUUCAGUCACCCGGCUCCGAACUCGAUGAUAGUCCACUCUUCCUCCAAAUCGAAGCAGACUCGUCAUCCUGCAGAUCUGAUGGAGCUCAACCACAGCCUUCCAAGGAACUGGAGCAUCCCUGCAGACCCUUUUGUCGGGCUUCAGCUGCUGCUGCGGUUCAAACUGCUCUUUGUACCUCUCUACUGCCUCCUGGUGGUCGUGGCAUGCCUGGGCAACUCCUUCUUGGUGCUCUGCAUCGUGGCCGACCACAAGCUCCACAACGCCACCAACUUCUUCUUGGGCAACCUCUCGGUGGGCGACCUUCUCAUGUGCCUGGCCUGCGUGCCCCUGACCGUCUCCUACGCUUUUGAGCAUCGUGGCUGGCUCUUUGGGCCCACCAUGUGCCAUGCCGUGGUCCUCUUACAGGCAGCCACGGUCUACGUCUCGGUCCUUUCACUCACCGCCAUUGCAGUGGACCGCUACGUGGUCGUCGCCUACCCGGUGCGGCGGCGCAUGGCUCUGCGCUACUGCAGGCUGGUGGUGGCUGCCAUCUGGGUGGCCUCUCUGGCCCUGGCAGUGCCGCCUGCCCUGCACUCGACCUACCUGGACCUCAGCAGCAUCGGGCAUGAGCUCUUCAUCUGUGAGGAACUCUGGGAUCAGAUGGAGACCCAGCGGUUGGUCUAUUCGUGUGCUAUGCUCUUCAUCAGCUACAUGGUCCCCCUCUUGGCUGUUACCGUCUCCUACUGCUCCAUCUUGGCCCACCUCCGUCGCCGGGGGAUCCCUGACUUGGCCAGCUCCAACCAGAGUCAGUGGAACAGGCAGAAACGCAAGACCUUCAUCCUGCUGGUCGUCUCUGUCCUGACCUUUGCCUUCUGCUGGAUGCCCCUUCAAGUCCUCAAUUUGGUUCGAGAUUUGGAUCCCAAUUUCGCCAUUCUGAGCAAGAGGUACAUCAAUGUGGCCCAGGUCUCCUGCCACUUUGUGGCCAUGACCUCAGCUUGCUACAACCCUUUCAUCUACGCCUCCCUCCAUCGCAAGUUCAGGGCCCACUUGCGCAGCUAUUUCUGCCGUGGGAAGGACGGACGAGGCGAGUCGGUCCAUGCCGAUUCGUGCAAUGCCCGUGUCCGUGGCACAACUGCAGUGUGA